UGCAACGAUCAGCUGUUUCAGUAACAAAUCUCCGAUUUCACAUUUGUUUGACGUCUAAUUGUUUUUCAGGUUUUCUUUUAAAAACUGCGGUCAACUUCUUUAAAAAAUAAAACAAAAAAAUUAAACUACCAGCGCCAUGUCGGAUAAUGAAUACGAGCGCUUUGAAAUAACAGAUUACGAUUUGGACAAUGAGUUCAAUCCCGGCCGUCGGCGGAAUCUGUCGAAAAAUCAACAAAUUUAUGGCAUUUGGGCCGAUGACAGUGACAAUGAUAGCGCAGAAGAGUCCAGCCGUCGUGGACGACGUGGCCGUGCCGGUCUUGGUGGCGGCGGCGGUGGUAGCAAAUCAAAAGAUUACACAGCACCAGUUAGUUUUGUUGCCGGUGGCAUACAACAAGCGGGUAAAAAAAAUAAAAAACCUGUGAAAGAUUCUGCUGAACAGCAAAUAACCGAUGAGGAAAGUGAUGAAGCAAAUGCGCGUCCUGCUUUCGGGCGCAAGCCAAAACAAGUAGAGGCUGCUGAUGGUGAUACCAGUGAUUCAGCAACUACUUCGGAUGAUGAUGAACGCUCACAAAAGCAGCGCGCUGAAGUUGGCAGACAACAGCGUAGUAAUAAUGCGCGACAAAUGGGAAAUCCAAAUGUUGGCGCUUGGGAGCAGCAUACACGCGGUAUUGGCGCUAAAUUGCUGCUGCAAAUGGGCUAUAAACCGGGUAAAGGUUUGGGCAAAGAUCUGCAGGGCAUAUCACAACCGGUGCAGGCACAUGUGCGUAAAGGACGUGGUGCAAUCGGCGCGUACGGACCAGAGGCGGCAGCCAGUGUGGGUGGUAAAGGGCCUGUGGUAAAAGAAGAUGAAGACGUGCGCGAAGCAAAAGAGUUCAAAGAGAAGCUUAAUAAAUGGAAAAAGAGCGGUGACACACGUCAAGACAAAAGCAAGCGUUAUUAUUAUCGUUCUGUGGAAGAGGUGAUUGAGAAGGGCAAAAAGGGGAAUUUUAUGUUAUCAGAAAAAAUAAGCAAGAAGAUUGGCAAUGUCCCCGUCAUUGACAUGACUGGACCUGAGAAGCGUGUGCUCAGUGGCUAUCAUGCGCUGGGACAAGCAAAAAUUGCCGAUGAAGAACUCUACGACCUGGAGCAAGCUGUGGCUAGCAGUAGCAUUACCGCCAAGAAAGGAAGCACAUUUGCCUUGCCCGAAUUGAUGCACAACCUUCAGCUGAUCGUGAAUAUGUGUGAACAGGAUAUAAUUGCGCUCGAUAAAGCAGAGCGUGAGGCCACGGAUCGGCAGGAAGCACUAGAGCAUGAGCGCAAAAAUCUCGAUGAAAUCGUACACCUGGAGAAAAAUCACAUAGACACGCUCGAACAAGCGCUA